UGCCAUCCAUUUCUCGAGUUCUAGGUGAGAUGGAUGAAGCAAGUUGCAUGGGAUGAUAACAAAGCAAGAUAAAACCAAACUCAUUUCACUUUAUGCAGAUGCUUCCUUCCUUCAUCCCCGAAUCACCCUCUCUCCCACCUUUCACCUUCAAAUUCACCCCUAUAAAUCUUUUCAUAUCACUCCUCUUUUUUCCACUUCAAAUUCAACAAUUCAAUUCCAUUUAGCAUCAUCAUCAUCAUCAUCAAUGUCUUCAGAUCAAGAAUCCUCAACUCUAGACCUCAUCCGCCAACACCUCCUCAUCGAUGACGCAUCCUUCUUUCAAACAUACCCUCAAACUUCACCAUCAAUUAAUGGUAAACUUGAAACUAAUUACCGUAAUACUUUAAAAGAACGAAAACCCGAUAUAAACAUCUCAAUUCCCUUAGUGGCGGAAAGAAUACAUUAUAGAGGAGUAAGACAACGGCCGUGGGGAAAGUUUGCAGCCGAAAUCCGUGACCCGAAUAAAAAAGGGACACGGGUUUGGUUAGGGACGUUUGACACGACCGUACAGGCCGCUAAGGCGUACGACCGUGCAGCGUUUAAGCUUCGUGGUAAUAAGGCGAUAUUAAAUUUCCCAUUGGAAAUUGGGUGUUCGCUGGCGGAGGGGAAGAGUAGUGGGCGGAAAAGGGUUGUUAGAGAGACGGAAGUAGAUGUUGAACCCUGGAAACAACCGAAAGUUGAGCCGGAAACCGAGGUGUGUGACGUCGUUAAGACAACGGAUGGGGGUGGUGUUGUGCCGUUAACGCCGUCUAGUUGGACGGCUGUUUGGGAUUUUGGUGAGGGUAACGGGAAAGGGAUAUUUGAGGUGCCACCGUUAUCGCCUUAUCCUGAUAUAAAGUUUUCGUCUGGGUGUAUAGUUGGUUAGACCAUGUGUAGUGGUGAACAAACAUAAUGCCCCUAUCAUGGGGCAUUAUCCGACAC